CAGGCUUCAGCUAAGGCUCUUGCUAUAUAUGAGGCUGCCAUUGGGGUGCUGGUUGGGUACAACCACAGCUACUCGAGCCAAGAAGACAUAGCUUAGCUUACCACAUCUUUCUCCGCCACAAGCAUUUGCAUUUGCACUUGCAUUUGCAAAUCAAACAUACAUAGUAGUCGAGGAGGAUGAAGCUUGUUGGAGGCCAGAGGAGGCAGAGGGGGUUCGGCAAGGCCCUCAAGGAGCAGAGGGCCAGGCUCUAUAUCAUCCAGCGCUGCGUCGUCAUGCUCCUGCGCUGGCACGACUGAUACAUCGACCCGUGGGUUCGUCCACCUACAAUGCAUCAGUCGAUUGAUGCACCAGCCGAGUUUGCGUUCAAGGCUUCAUGCUCGUGUGCCGAAGUUUUGGGUUCUGGAUUUGUGCCGUGCCAGAAUGGGGCGGUGCCGGCUGCUGUACAUAGAGCCCAGUAUAUAGUGUAGUACAAGUGGUAGAGGUGGUAGUAGUAGGAUUCACUCUAGAGUUCAUCGGUGUCUCUCCCUGAUAAUCAGUGAGUCAAUGUACAGUUACAUCACUGUGGAAUGCCAAAUCAACUAAACAGAAGAAGUCAUUCGAUUAA